AUGGAGGCCAAAGAAUUGAUUGAAAACCUCAAGGCAGAACUCACUUGCUCCAUCUGUCUGGGCUACUUCACAGACCCAGUGACUGCCCUCAAAUGUGGGCAUACUUUUUGCAAAGACUGUCUCCUCCAGUGCGAUGAGCAAGCCGAUGCUACACUAACUUGUCCUGAGUGCAAAGCUGUCACUAGAUUCAGUGACACUGUGCCCAUCAAGAACCUGCAGGAUUUUUCCAUCACUGGCAAAACUCUCAUACAGAAAUUAUUGUUCAGCCUGCCACUUCUGACCACCUGUGAUCAACAUGGAGAAAAAGAAAAGCUCUUUUGUGAGCAAGACCAAAAACUAAUCUGUGGUUCCUGCUUAUUAACCCAAGAGCACAAGGAUCACCAGGACCUUCCUUUGCAAAUGGCUGCUGACAAGUGCAAGAAGAAACUCCAGGAGACACUGAAUGUAUUACAGAAAAAGGAUGGGGAAUUGAAAGCAGAAAACAACGAUAUGGGAAAACAAGAGGAAAAUGCUAAGAAGCAUGCAGACCUUUACAAAAAGCUAAUUAGAUGUGAAUACAAAAAAAUGCAUGAGAUUUUAUACGAUGAAGAAAAUGAACACCUGCAAAAACUGAACCAGGACUUAGAGGACAAUCUGGCAAAAGUCCAAACAAAUAAGGCCAUACUGUCCGAACAAAUUCAACUCUUCCAACAAAUGAUACUAGAAAUCGAAGAGAGUUUGAAUGCGUCCCCUUUCAAAAUGCUCCAGUGUAUUUCUGAAGUGUCUGCUAUGAGCCAGCCCAAACGACCCCUUCUGCUACACCAUAAAGAUCAUUUCUCCCCUCACAUGACUACUGAAGAAGUGAUUUCCAGUUUCCCCCUUUGUUAUCUCAACAGGCAGGCUAUAACAAUGGAUCCUGAAACAGACACAUUUCAACUUAUUAUACCUGAAGAUUAUAAGAGUAUAAAGUAUCAUUUUGACACACUCAAACAGCCUGACAACAAAGAAACACGUGACUAUUUUGUUACUGUGUUGGGAACUGAGAGCUUUUCCAGUGGCCAACACUACUGGGAAGUAGAUGUGGAAGUUGACACUGAGAACAUUCUUCUCAAAUGUGGGCAGCUCCUCCAGGUUCCAUUUCUUGUGAAGGAGUUUCUCCCCAGCAUUUCCAAACUUCUUUACAGAUGGGCGUCCUCCUCUACUUCCGCCAAACCUCGGGGCCCCAAAGCCUCGAUCCCUGCCGUGCUCUCUGCCACUCCCAUGUCCAGAUAUGGCGUCAGUGGUUGUGGUUAG